AUGGCAUUCUCUCAUUGCUGGUUUCCGAAGUUCCGAGCCUUCCGAGUCUUCCGAUCCGUUUUCCGAUCAUUGCCCAUCAUAACACCCGUCUGCAAAUUUCCCUCUCUCCCCGGCGGCCGUUUACCGGACGGUCACCGGCACAGCGCCGGCAAUCGCAUCACGGGAACUUUGUUUGGAUACCGCAAAGGCCGUGUAACCCUCUCCAUUCAAGAAAAUCCUCGGACCCUCCCCGCAUUGGUGGUGGAAUUGGCCAUGCAAACUAAUGUUUUGCAAAAGGAAAUGAGUUUGGGAAUGGUGAGAAUCGCCAUGGAAUCCGAUAAGAGAUCAGACAAAGACAAGACGAAGCUCAUGGAGGAGCCAUUGUGGACCAUGUACUGUAAUGGGAAGAAGAGUGGGUAUGGCGUCAAAAGAGAGGCCUCGGAGGAGGAUCUACAUGUCAUGGAGGUUCUCCGGCCGGUGUCGAUGGGCGCUGGAGUCUUGCCGGGAAGAUCAGAGGUGGAUGGGCCAGACGGCGAAAUGGCGUACAUGAGAGCACAUUUCGAACGUGUGGUUGGAUCGAAAGACUCGGAGACACUUUACAUGUUGAGCCCAGAUGGCAACAAUGGACCUGAACUGAGUAUUUUCUUUGUAAGGGUAUAAUUGGUGUGUUUUCUUUUAAUGGUAUAUAAUUCAUAAAAUGGUUAGGGUUUGUAGAUAUGAAAAUGUAUAGAUGAGAGAAAGGUAGGGGGAGGAUUGAAGGGCUAUGUAGGAAAUUAAUCUGUAAAAUAACUAAACGAGAGCAUAGAGGCAUCAUGGUUGAAAUUUGGGCCUUUGAAUAUGAGUAUGUUUAAUUGUUGAUUGUAUACAAAACCUUUCCUUUCC